AUGAAUGAGCAGGAUAGCACUGCCCAAUCAUCAUUUGUAGGGGAUAUCAACGAUCUUUUUCAUGAUAGGAGGCUUAGCGACUUGCUUCCUGCAGAUUUCAUUAGACAGAUUGGUUUUGAUCCAGAUCAAUACAUUUUUCAAACAACUCCUCAAUCAAGAAUGCGAAGGCGUCGUACUGAGCCCACACUAACUUUAUUCGACCCUGCACCUGUACCUUCAAGGAGAAGAUCUGAAGUUUCAGAUAUCAUGUAUGGACAAAUGCAGAUGCAACAAAACCAAGCAUUACUAUCUCAGUUACAGCAAAUAUCAUCAAAUACGCGCAUAUUUUGCUACGAAGUUAAACUUUCAGAUUUUAUUAUCCAUGCUUACUCUUUCCAGCAGCUUAAUUGGGAAAAAGGUGCUGGCAUAUUUAUUAGAGAUGGCCGAUAUUUACGCUAUGGACAAAUUACGAAAAAUUUGCAAAUAAAGGAUUGUGAUCCUGCUGCCCUUCAAAUUGUUGGCCAAGAUAUCAAAGGCGCAGUUGGCGAUUUUAUAUUUGGUGUCAACCAAAUUGCACAAAAACUAAUCCCGAAUUUAAUUUUGCAGUCUAAAGCUGCAGUUCAAUUUAUCUCUGCUGAAAUUGUUUCGUACCAGGCGCGGUCUUUAAUUAGGGUCAAAGUUACUAACGCUGACGAUCCUAAUCUUUUAUAUGUAAUGCAAAAACUAAUAUAUAUCUUUGGAACCCCUGUUGAAGUGUAUGAUGACCUGAGUGCAUGA